GGCUCCGGGCUGGGACGCGGGAGGUGCUGUCCCGCCUGCCGGGCAGGGCUGCGGGAACCGUCCCGCUCAUUCUCUUCCUUUCAGAUGGUUCCAAAGCUCUGUGGGAGGAACCGGAGCCUCCGGAGAGGGCACGGCCGCUGUCAAAAGUUUCUGGUUUAAUUAGUGAGGGUGCGGGCUCCUUGUGUGCACCGGCAGCGCCCGAGGGCCGGUGGCGUGUGCUGGGCUGCCAGAGCAGCGGCUGGGCUGAAUAUCCCUGAAUCAGCCCGUAUUUGGUUCACUUUUGGGUUUAGGAGACAUGGUCAUGGAGAUGUCUCAGUCCUUUUGUCUUAAAGAAUCUCCUUGUUGAAGGCUUCAACUUCCAAGCCCAGCUCUGCUCUGGUUGUGUUUGUGGGAAUGCUGCUGUCUAUGGACCCUGUCAGUGGGAGGAAGGUGCUGGAAAAUUACUCAGAUGCUCCUAUGACCCCAAAACAGAUUCUGCAGGUCAUAGAGGCUGAAGGUCUAAAGGAAAUGAGUGGAACAUCUCCCCUGGCCUGCCUCAACGCCAUGCUCCACUCCAAUUCCCGGGGAGGCGAUGGGCUCUUUUACAAACUGCCUGGACGCAUCAGCCUUUUCACACUCAAGAAAGAUGCCUUGCAGUGGUCCCGGAACCUGUCAGUGCCAGAAGGGGAGGAGCUGGAGGACACAGCAGAUGCAGAAAGCUGUGGGUCCAACGAAGCCAGCACUGUGAGUGGUGACAAUGAUGUGUCUCUUGAUGAAACUUCUUCUAAUGCUUCGUGUUCCACUGAAUCUCAGAGCAGGGGACCUGCUACCAGGGAGAGCUGCAGAACUGCUUCCCAGACAACCAAACAGAAGAAAAAGACAGGUGUGAUGCUGCCACGGGUGGUGUUAACCCCCCUGAAAGUAAAUGGGGCACACAUGGAGUCUGCCUCGGGUUUCACUGGAAGGCACGCUGAUGGGGAGAGCAGCAGCACAUCCAGCAGCAGCAGCAGCUCCUUGGCCCUGUGCAAAACCAGCCUGCGCAGUAGGACAGAGAUAAACAGGGAUCCUCCACAGCUGCUGAGGGGCAUCCGAAAGCCCACGGCUGGGCAAGUGAAACGGAACAGGGGUGAGGAUAUUGAUUUUGAAACCCCAGGCUCCAUCCUUGUCAACACAAACCUGCGAGCGCUGAUCAACUCCAGGACCUUUAACGCGCUUCCAUCACACUUCCAGCAGCAGCUGCUUUACCUCCUGCCUGAAGUCGACAGACAGGUGGGGGCUGACGGGCUGAUGCGCCUCAGUGGCAGUGCUCUGAACAAUGAGUUCUUCACCCACGCUGCACAGAGCUGGAGGGAGCGCCUUGCUGACGGUGAAUUCACCCAUGAGAUGCAAGUUCGAAUCCGGCAGGAGAUGGAAAAGGAAAAGAGAGUGGAGCAAUGGAAAGAGAAGUUCUUUGAAGACUACUAUGGGCAAAAGUUGGGCUUGACCCAGGAAGAAUCCCAGGCGCAGAAUUCGGUGCAGGAGGAUGCUGAGAACAGGACUGAGCUGUCAGUUAAAGGAGAAGCGAGGCUGCCUCGCGGGCCCACCACGCGCCAGAGGGACGGGCGCUUCAGGAAACGCUCCCGGGCCGACCUGCGCUGCCGGGCCAGGAGGAGCCUGUACAGACUGCGGGAACCUGAGCACACGGAGCCUCCCAAAGAGCCUGCUCCAGUGGGGCCAGAUCCCUCCCUUCAUAAAGAGACAAAGCCUGAGACAGACCUGAAGAAAGAUGAUCUGCGCAGCCCCUCGGCUGCAGGAUUGAAGGCAGAGAGUACUGAACUGCACGUCUCUCCAGAGACUGCCAAAUCAAACAGCAAGUCAGAAGAUCCAUCAUUGGCAGCUGCCAGCAGAAUUCCCAGUUUGCCCCAGGAGAACUCUGCUCAGGAGUCCAAGGAGCAGAAGAGGAAAAGCUUUGAGGAGGCUGCCUCUGCAUCCUUCCCCGAAAAGAAGCCCCGGCUUGAAGAUCGUCAGUCCUUUCGUAACACAAUUGAAAGUGUUCACCCAGAAAAGCCACAGCCUACUAAAGAGGAGCCCAAAGUCCCACCCAUCCGGAUUCAACUUUCACGUAUUAAACCACCCUGGGUGGUUAAAGGUCAGCCCACUUACCAGAUCUGCCCCCGGAUCAUCCCCAGCACGGAGCCCUCCGGCCGGGGCCGCCCCGGGGCCCGCACCCUCGCAGACAUUAAGGCCCGUGCUCUGCAAGCCCGAGCCCAGCGCGAAGCCGCCACCGCCGCCAUCGGAGGAGGGGGCCCCGGCGGGGGGAGAAGCACCGAUGAAGGAGGAGGUGGAGGAGAGUCCAGCGGCCGUUCCCAGCACAGGAGAUCCAAGAGAGCUCAUGGAAAACGUGCGUCAGAUCUACAGCGAGCACAACUACAGCUGUCUGUUCAUCUGAGCGCAGGGAAGGCUGACUCCAAAGGGGCUGCUCUGGAAGCCGGCGUGAAUUCCUGCCUCUCUUCCAGACAAGAUCACUCGUCCUCAAAAAGCGAAAGGAGCAGCAUUCCGGACUGUGCCACAGGGUUAGAGGACACUCAGCCUGGGCAUGGGUCACCCAGGAGGCCGUUCCGUGGUGCUGUGACUGUGUCAUCUUUGGACAGUGCGACUCCUGAGAGGCAGGAGGACAGUCCUGAGCAGCUCCUCCGUGACCCAAGGACCGAACUCCCAUCUUGUGCUGCACCACAGGAGAGCACAAAGCUGGAAUGUGUGGUUCCUGUGGGGACCAGUGUGUCGUGUUCUGGGGGGCAGGGAGCUGGGGUCAGUCCCGCGGGAGACAGGGCUGUGAUGGAAGUCGGAGAUGUUGGUGCUCCCACCAUUCAGCUGGAUUAUCCCUCUGAUGUAAAGCAAAAUUCCUCCAGUUGUCCUUUUCCAUCAGAAUUGUCAUCGGGUGUCACAGAACGCCACGAUCCAGAGAAGAUGUCUGAUUUUAGAUAUAGCAACUCUAAAACAUUUCUGGAAAAAUGUGUUGUUGAUAAUGCCUCCAAAACGGUGACUGCUGGAGUGAAGAAAGUGAUCCCUGUGGCAUGUGAUGCCACACAGCUGCAGGCAGGGAAAGGCAGUGAUGGCAAACUGAGUAAUGAGGAACAAAAUGCAGAGACUCUAGUGCAGCCCUCUGUGCAUGGUGACUUUAUUUCUCAGAAUAGGAUAGAUACCUCUGGAAAACUGCAGCCAAGGGAGAGGUGCUCCAGAACCGAACCAGAAAAUGCACAUCAGCCCCUGGGAAAGACACAGGAGUUGAAGAGAAGUGGAGAUGAAGAAAUGCAGAGUACACACAGUGAAACAACAGACACUGCUUCUGAUUGGGAAGGGGACAUGGCUGAUGAGAAUGUGGAGGUGGAGAUGUGCUUCAGAAGUGUCAGCUGUAGGGAGGUGGCUGGGAAAGGCCCUUCCUGUCACAGCAGCAGUGAGAAGCGCAAUGGGAUUAGGUCAAAACUGUCUGUGGAGACAGAAAGUCCAGCCUGUCCUGGGGACUUGGUUGCACCCCCACCUCAGAGGUGGGGACUCCAGCAAGCCAACUCUACUCAGCCCAUGUCCUCCAUCGAGACCAACAACCCCUUGGUGAUGCAGCUGCUGAAGGGGAAGCUUCCACUGGAAGAAGUUCUCCCAGUGUCUCACGUCAACAUCAAGCUGGAAAUUGCACAGCCAGUGCUGCAGAAGCAGUCAGAAGGCCUCUCCCUGCAACUGGACAGAGGCAGCGGUCGCUGUUUUGGCAAAGAAUCUUCUCCAGAUGUAGGAAAAAAGAUAAGUGCCCAAAGCAGGAGCGAUGGUGUUCACUCAGUGAGAUCUUCCAUAGAUCCCCAGGAAAAAACCUGUGGAUCAGGGGCAGCAUUGCCUAGAGCAGAGGAUGCAGAGGAUCAGGCUGUCCCAGAAAAACAUUCCAAAGUUGGUUCGACUUUAGGCUGCCAAGACCAACUGGCAAAUGUGGCAAGUGCCUCUCCAAAGUCUGAAGAUGUGGACCCUCGGGAAAGAAGGUUUUCUUCCUGUAGCUUUGAGGAGCAGAAGGAGUUGCCCAAGGUCCGGAUGCCACAGCACAACCCAUUAACGAGUGUCACAGCAAGUAAAAGCCCGGAGAAGCUGAAUGCCUCUACAGAGCCUCGGUUUUUAUCUCCAGCUGCAACUUCUCUUGGACCAAACCAGACAGGAGGUGCAUUGGUCAAUAAAAAUUAUGGUGGGGUUCAAGGCAAAAAGCUCUUUGGUUCUGGUUUUCCUUCCAUCCCCAGCGUGAGGCUGCAUCACUCCAGAGCUUUGGAUCAUGGUUCAGCCAUGGGAACCUUGUCCCCCGGCAAACAGAUUCCCUUGGACAAGGGCUGUGCACUGGGAGAAGGAAUCCCAGCUGCCAGGGAGGAAUGGACUUCAAAGCAGCACAGCAGCACCCUGGGAGGGAUCAGAAAUGAGAAGGUGCUGGUGUGUGGCAGCCCAGCCAAGAGCAAUGUGGAGAACUGGGGGGAUGUGGCCCAGCAGCCCACGGAACUGGCCGGGCACACACAAAGAGAACCACUGGUCAUGGACUGGCCCUUCUUUAAGUUUUCAAGGGAUCCAGGAAAAGGACAGAGUCACCCUUUGGAGCCUUCAUCCAUCCCCUCUCAGCUCAAUAUCAAGCAAGCGUUUUAUGGGAAGCUUUCAAAGCUGCAGCUUAAUUCCACCAGCUUUAAUUAUUCAUCCAACACUCCAGCUUUCCCCCGAGGCCUUGCUGGGAGCGUGGUGCAGCUCACCCACAAAGCGAACUUUGCUGCGAGCCGGAACACGGCCCUGGCUGUGCAGAUGUUUGCUGACGGCAGCAGCGUCGACGAGAUCUCGUUCCAGUGCUCGUGCAGCCUCAAAGCCAUGAUCAUGUGCAAAGGCUGCGGCGCCUUCUGCCACGACGACUGUAUAGGACCCUCUAAGCUCUGUGUAUUGUGCCUUGUGGUGAGAUAAUAAAUUAUGGCCAUGGGACAGGUUGCAUAUUCAGUGUGUGUAUUUUGAUGAGGACUGAUCCUAACGCCUGUACACAAAGUACACAAAGUACUCUCUGUUCAUAGUAGAAACGCUGUUACACUUUGUUUUGGUGAGGAACUUUGAGCUGCCUUCCCACGGAAGAUCGGAAGAUCGACAGUGCAGAGCUCAUUCCUGCUCACGGGGACACCCUGCUCUGGGUGGGCUGUGCCCCAUGGGAGCCAUCCUGCUGCUUCCUGCUAUCAUGGAAAUUCCAGCUGUGCUCUGGUAUCGCGCUGAGGCUGACACCGGGGGGAGCGGCCGUUCGCUGUGGCAAUCCCUGGAUCUUCUGUGGAGGAAGUCCUUACAUCCAAAGGAAGAUGGUUUUUGCUAUUUCAGGGCUGCACAAGGUGAGGCCCUUCAGUCUUCCAUUCUCCUCUUCUGCCAUCUCCAUUCCUGGUUUGUGUGGGAAGUGCUGCUGUGCAAGUCAAGCAGAGAGCUGCCCUGCAGGGAUGGUCCUGUGUGGUGUUUGGAUGCUGCAGCAGGAUGUGGUGCCCAGGGAUGUACUCUGCAGGUGGUUGUGGAGCCGUGUACAGCCCACCAUGUGCCACAUGGAGCCCACGUGGAGGAUGCAAGGAGAAGAGGA